AUGUUCGCCCAUGAAGACAAGCUCGCCACGCAGGACCUAGAUACAGCCGAGGCUGGCCGAUGCGAGACAUUUGGGUUUAGGUUCACCGCGCUGGAUCUAGUGCGGAGACAACUUCCUAGAUGGGAACUCCUGGGGAGUGUUACACAAUCAAGGGUCUCUACGGAGAGGAAGACUGUUGCGAUCAUUCAAGAUAUAGCGGAACGAACAGAAGAGAAGAGAGAAGAGAGAAGAGAGAAAAGAGAGAGAGGAGAGGAGAGCAGAGGAGAGAUCUAA